GCGCCGGGGAGGGCCACCCCUCCUUGCGCAGGCCGCCCCGCUCGCCGGGCCUUUGUCUGCUCUCGGCCCGGCUGCCUCCCGCUGGCUGGCCAGAUGUGCAGGCGGCCGGGCCUCUGCCUGGGCAGACGCGGCCUUGGCCUCCACCGGGGCAUCCCGCCCGGGAGGGCUGCUCUGACGCCGUUGGUUCUUCCGGGAUCCCCAGGACGGGACGGAGGGAGCAGAGCCUCAGUUUCCCAACCAUUUCCGUGAGGCAUUUCCUCCAGUCCUGACACCCUCCCCCACACAGGCCACCUCCCUCCUGCCCUCUUCCUGGAGGGCCUCGGGGAGUCAUGGUGGGGCCUGGGCGUACACACACAGACACAGACACGCACACGCGCACGCAGGGGCGCACACAUACCUGCCGCUCCAGCGCCCGGCCCUUGCUAAUAACAUCCUGUUGCUCACGUGGUCUCUGCCCCUAACUGGCCACCUCCCCACCCCCAGUGCAUCUCCCCCAGACCCUCCCCAGAGCCACCACCUUGGUUGUAGUCCCCAACCCAGUGCCCUGGGCUAUGUGACACCUUUCAGCUGACCUGGGGGCGGAGCUGGCUCAGACACCUGUGAGCCCCCUGCAGGUCCCUGUCCUCCCCAUCCUGUGCACCGGGACUCCCCUCCCCCAGCCUCCACCCCCCUAGCCCACUCCUUCCACGCUAUCCCCUACCCCCCCCCCAGCUGAGCCAGAAGCCCAGGAGGGGUAUGAGGUUUGCUGGGAGGAGGGUCCCCCUGCCCCACGGGAGGAAGCUAGGGUGCCAGACCUGGCAGUGGGGGAGAGGGGAGACACAGCCAUGGGACAGAGGGACAGCUCCAAGCCUUGCCAUGCUGCCAAUGGGGAGGGGGCAAUUUAGGACAGGAAGGGCCCUGAUCCCAAAGUUGGUUGAGGCCUCCAGGGAAGGAAGAAGCAGCAAGAAGGGAUGGAUGGGGGGAGGAGUUUUUUGGGGGGUGAGGAAGGGCUUUAGGAAGAGAAGAUAAAGUCCCAGAAGAGGUUCCCCAGGGGCAGGAAGAGGAUCAGAGAUUCCUGAGCAACCCCUGAACUACAGACCCAGCUCAGUGCUCCAGACCAGCCUGGCGACUCCUCGCUGCCCAGGGUCCCACGGAAGAGGCAACCGAGGCCCAGAGAGGCUCAGGGAGCGGCGGAGGGGAGGAUCCGCACAGGGGCCCCACGCCACGCCACCAACCGAAGCCCCCAAAAAGACCCCGGUGAUGCUGCCCAGGCUGUGAACAGGGGAGGUGGCACCGUGGGGGCUGCCGGCAGCCGGGGCUGGGGAGAGACAUGUGGACACGUGGCCUCUAUGGCUCCCGCCUGCCAGAUCCUCCGCUGGGCCCUUGCCCUGGGGCUGGGCCUCACGUUCGAGGUCACGCAUGCUUUCCGGUCUCAAGAUGAGUUCCUGUCCAGUCUGGAGAGCUAUGAGAUCGCCUUCCCCACCCGUGUGGACCACAACGGGGCACUGCUCGCCUUCUCGCCACCUCCUCCCCGGAGGCAGCGCCGGGGCGCGGGGGCCACAGCUGAGUCCCGCCUCUUCUACAAGGUGGCCGCACCCAGCACCCACUUCCUGCUGAACCUGACCCACAACACCCGUCUACUGGCAGGGCACGUCUCUGUGGAGUACUGGACACGGGAGGGCCUGGCCUGGCAGAGGGCCGCCCGGCCCCACUGCCUCUAUGCCGGCCACCUGCAGGGCCAGGCCGGCAGCUCCCAUGUGGCCAUCAGCACCUGUGGAGGCCUGCAUGGCCUGAUUGUGGCAGACGAGGAGGAGUACCUGAUUGAGCCCCUGCAAGGUGGGCCCAAGGGUCCCCGGGGCCCAGAGGAAAGUGGCCCCCACGUGGUGUACAAGCGUUCCUCUCUGCGUCACCCCCACCUGGACACAGCCUGUGGAGUGAGAGACGAGAAACCGUGGAAAGGGCGGCCGUGGUGGCUGCGCACGCUGAAGCCGCCACCCGCCAGGCCCCCGGGAAAUGAGACGGAGCGGGGCCAGCCUGGCCUGAAGCGGUCGGUCAGCCGAGAGCGCUACGUGGAGACCCUGGUGGUGGCUGACAAGAUGAUGGUGGCCUACCACGGGCGCCGCGACGUGGAGCAGUACGUGCUGGCCAUCAUGAACAUUGUUGCCAAACUUUUCCAGGACUCGAGUCUGGGCAACACGGUCAACAUCCUGGUGACCCGCCUUAUCCUGCUCACAGAAGACCAGCCCACUCUGGACAUCACGCACCACGCCGGGAAGUCCCUGGACAGCUUCUGUAAGUGGCAGAAAUCCAUCGUGAACCACAGUGGCCAUGGCAACGCCAUCCCGGAGAACGGCAUGGCCAACCAUGACACAGCGGUGCUCAUCACGCGUUACGACAUCUGCAUCUACAAGAACAAGCCCUGCGGCACUUUAGGCCUGGCCCCGGUGGGCGGCAUGUGCGAGAGGGAGAGGAGCUGCAGCAUCAACGAGGACAUCGGGCUGGCCACGGCGUUCACCAUUGCCCACGAGAUUGGGCACACAUUCGGCAUGAACCACGACGGCGUGGGCAACAGCUGCGGGGCCCGGGGCCAGGACCCAGCCAAGCUCAUGGCCGCCCACAUCACCAUGAAGACCAACCCGUUCGUGUGGUCGUCGUGCAGCCGCGACUACAUCACCAGCUUCCUGGACUCGGGCCUGGGACUCUGCCUGAACAACCGGCCCCCCAGACAGGACUUCGUGUACCCGACCGUGGCGCCCGGCCAAGCUUACGACGCCGACGAGCAGUGCCGCUUCCAGCAUGGCGUCAAAUCGCGUCAGUGUAAAUACGGGGAGGUCUGCAGCGAGCUGUGGUGUCUGAGCAAGAGCAACCGGUGCAUCACCAACAGCAUCCCGGCCGCCGAGGGCACGCUGUGCCAGACGCACACCAUCGACAAGGGGUGGUGCUACAAGCGGGUGUGCGUCCCCUUCGGGUCGCGGCCAGAGGGCGUGGACGGAGCCUGGGGCCCGUGGACCUCGUGGGGCGACUGCAGCCGGACGUGCGGCGGCGGCGUGUCCUCCUCCAGCCGUCACUGCGACAGCCCCAGGCCAACCAUCGGGGGCAAGUACUGCCUGGGCGAGCGAAGGCGACACCGCUCCUGCAACACGGAUGACUGUCCCCCCGGUUCCCAGGACUUCAGGGAGAUGCAGUGCUCUGAGUUCGACAGCAUCCCUUUCCGUGGGAAAUUCUACACGUGGAAGACGUACCGGGGAGGGGGCGUGAAGGCCUGCUCGCUCACGUGCCUAGCAGAGGGCUUCAACUUCUACACGGAGAGGGCCGCGGCCGUGGUGGACGGGACGCCCUGCCGCCCAGACACCGUGGACAUCUGCGUCAGCGGAGAGUGCAAGCACGUGGGCUGCGACCGGGUCCUGGGCUCCGACCUGCGGGAGGACAAAUGCCGCGUGUGCGGAGGCGACGGCAGUGCCUGCAAAACCAUCGAGGGAGUCUUCGGUCCGGCGUCUCCUGGGGCCGGGUAUGAGGACGUCGUCUGGAUCCCCAAGGGCUCUGUCCACAUUUUCAUCCAAGACCUGAACCUCUCCCUCAGUCACCUGGCUCUGAAGGGGGACCAGGAGUCCCUGCUGCUGGAGGGGCUACCUGGGACCCCCCAGCCCCACCGCCUGCCCCUGGCCGGGACCACCUUUCAGCUGCGACAGGGGCCGGACCAGACCCAGAGCCUGGAAGCCCUGGGACCCAUUAAUGCCUCUCUGAUCGUCAUGGUGCUGGCCCGGACCGAGCUGCCUGCCCUCCGCUACCGAUUUAACGCGCCCAUCGCCCGCGACGCUCUGCCGCCCUACUCCUGGCACUACGCGCCCUGGACCAAGUGCUCGGCCCAGUGUGCAGGGGGUAGCCAGGUGCAGGCAGUGGAGUGCCGCAAUCAGCUGGACAGCUCGGCCGUCGCCCCGCACCACUGCAGCGCCCACAGCAAGCUGCCCAAGAGGCAGCGCGCCUGCAACACGGAGCCCUGCCCGCCAGACUGGGUUGUAGGGAACUGGUCCCGCUGCAGCCGCAGCUGUGACGCGGGCGUGCGCAGCCGCUCGGUGGUGUGCCAGCGCCGCGUGUCGGCCGCCGAGGAGAAGGCGCUGGACGACAGCGCGUGUCCCCAGCCGCGUCCGCCGGUGCUGGAGGCCUGCCAGGGCCCCGCCUGCCCUCCCGAGUGGGCGGCCCUCGACUGGUCUGAGUGCACCCCCAGCUGCGGACCGGGCCUCCGCCACCGCGUGGUCCUUUGCAAGAGCGCAGACCACCGCGCCACACUGCCCCCCGCGCACUGCUCGCCUGCAGCCAAGCCGCCGGCCACCAUGCGCUGCAACUUGCGCCGCUGCCCGCCCGCGCGCUGGGUGGCAGGCGAGUGGGGCGAGUGCUCCGCGCCCUGCGGCGUGGGGCAGCAGCAGCGCGCCGUGCGCUGCACCAGCCACUCGGGGCAGCCGUCGCAAGAAUGCACCGAGGCCCUGCGGCCGCCCGCCACGCAACAGUGUGAGGCCAAGUGCGACAGCGCGCCCCCCGGGGACGGCCCCGAAGAGUGCAAGGAUGUGAACAAGGUCGCCUACUGUCCCCUGGUGCUCAAAUUCCAGUUCUGCAGCCGAGCCUACUUCCGCCAGAUGUGCUGCAAAACCUGCCAGGGCCACUAGGGGGAGCGCGCGGCACCCGGAGCCACUGCCGGGCACUGGCUGGGGGGGGAUGGGAGGAAUGGGGGGGGUCCUCGCUCCUCCCCUCCCCCAGUCCUGCCGCUAGCUGGAGGGGGCCCCAGGGGGGCGGGAGCUGGAAGCGAAGGGUGAGAUGGAACCGGAAGUUAUUUAUUGGGAACCCCUGCAGGGCCCCUGGCUGGGGGAAGGGGAAGGGCCGGUUACCCCAAGGGUCCCUCUUCAGCCUCUCCCUGUCCUCAUAGUGAGACCCCCCCCCUCCAGGGUGGGUCUGGGGAGGGGACAACUGUUCGCCCCAGCGCCCUUUGCGCCCCCCCUUAGGGAGUCCUGAACACCCCCCCACCCCAACCCCUGGAUGGGAUUAUGUACUGUGAAGAGUGGGGGUGGGGUGGGGGCCUGCCAGUGCCCUGCCCCCCAGCACUGCCCUAGCCCCCCACUCUGAGCAGAGGGGGGUCUAUGUCUGCUAUGGGGGAGGGGAGUUGGCACCACCUCCCUGACACCCUCUCCCUCUAGUCCAGAAGGAAGAUCCACCCCAACCUCUGCCCUGCCUGCCCCAGGGGGACCCCGACAUCCAAGCCACCCCUCAUGGUGCUACAGACCCUGCCCUGGGGCCCACACUCCUGCCAGGAAGCCUUCCAUCAAUAAAGUUCUGUCUUGUGUAGAUUUCCACG